GAUCACCGGUUCGCUCUUUCCGGGGACGGUAGUUUUAAUACUCGAGCCUGCAACUUGCAAGUAGAUCGGGAUCAUGGAAAAAGAGAGAGAAUCCAACCCAGUGGGGUCGCUACUGGCAGCCGCUCGGGAAGUGUAUAAAAGGGUUUAUGGCGGGGAAGAUCCUAAAAUUGCAGUGUCGGCGCCCGGAAGGGUAAAUUUGAUCGGAGAGCACACCGAUUACAAUCAAGGUUUCGUGCUGCCUAUGGCCAUACAGAUGAGAACAGUGGUAGUUGGGAGUCCAAGGGAAGAUGGAAUAAUAUCCAUAACUACGACUGCAGAGGAAGCGGAAGAGCCUAAAACUGUGCACUUUCCAGUCCCAAAGGAAGAUGAUUCCUUGAAACCCGGAGAACCUCGCUGGGCUAAUUAUGUAAAAGGGGUUAUCCAGCAUUAUAAAGCUGGCCCUCUCCCAGGCUUUGAUGUUGUGAUCGAGAGUAAUGUACCAAUAGGUGGUGGUCUCUCAAGUUCAGCCUCCUUAGAAGUGGCCGUGUACACCUUCCUGCAGCAGCUCUCCUCUGAUGACAGAGAUCCAGUUACUAAGGCACUGGUGUGCCAGAAAGCGGAACACACAUUUGCAAUGAUGCCUUGUGGUAUCAUGGACCAAUUUAUCUCCGUGAUGGGGAAGGAAGGACAUGCCUUGCUGAUAGACUGCAGGUCCUUGGAAACUCGCCUGGUCCCUUUGACUGACCCAGACUUAGUUGUUCUCAUCACCAACUCCAAUGUACGACACACUUUGACAGGCAGCGAGUAUCCCACACGUCGGAGACAGUGCGAAGAGGCAGCCAAGUUGCUGGGAAAGGCAAGCCUGAGAGAAGCCACCAUGUCAGACUUAGAGGGUCUACUGGAUGACUAUGAAGUUAGUUGUCCAGAAUUAGAUGAGCUGGUAGCUGCUGCCAUGGAAGUACCUGGAGUUUAUGGUAGCAGAAUGACUGGUGGUGGUUUUGGAGGUUGCACUGUAACUCUUCUUGAGUCUGGAGCUGCAGGAAAAGUUCUGAAACAUAUCAAGGACAAAUACAACAGGACAGCGACAUUCUAUUUCACAAAACCUGCUGAUGGAUCUAAAGUGCACCUCCUGUCUUGAAAGCUCUUCCGCCUGGUCUAUAGGAUUCACUGCUGUACUAAGAAAAGCAUGACGCUUUGGGACAGCCUCCCUGGACAUUAGCUUGGAGCAAAGACUUGACUUCUUCCAUAAAAGGGAGCAUCAGUCACAGAUCAGUGAAGUCAUUGAAAACCUGUGUGCGCACACAGAUGUUUUUUUCUUUCAACCAAGAGCCCCAAAGAGAUUUUUUUUGUCUCCUUUACAAGACAGUUUGGGACACAAAAUUUCCUUUUCAGUGAAACACUGUGAUGAGUUUGAGUAAAUAGUCCUUGAUUUCUGCAUACAAUUUUCUAUGAGAAGUUCCUUCAACAAUCUGGAUGGAAAUACUGGGGCUGAGAAAGUCUGGCAUAAACUCCACAGCUUCAAAGCAAUUCCCUUUUUAAUCUUCCUAAGUAGAGACUAAUGGAAAUAGGCUUUCUUCUUUACAUUGUGCUCUAAGUAUUGCUUCUAUUCUUUCCUUCCUGCUUACCCAUUAAUGAGCCAUCUUCCAAUAGUAAAUUAUCCACUAAACAUCUCUUGAAUAGAGUCACUUUGCGAUGAGUUUCUCCAUUGCAUUCCAUAUUAUCAUUUGUUAAUGACAAGGACAGGCUGGUGUGAGAUAAUACCCUCAACCCAUGUAAUUGGUAUAGCUAAGUGUUGUGGUAGAAAAUGACAACUGUAGUCAGUCACAGUGAAGUCAAAAUAAAACAGGCAUCAUAAUAUCUAUGAGAUGAUGUGAUUGUGUAAUUGCAUCAUGACUUUUGAUGCAAAGUUGUGUCAUUGUAUGAUGCCAUGAUGCAUAUAUCUUUUGUCUCCCCUCCCUCUGCCCAAACUCUGAUCCAAUGGACAUACAUAAUAAUCUAAAUUAAGUAAAAUUUACAAUAAUGAUAACCUUUUUUGCAAUAAAAUGUAUGAUUGUCACCUUAAAGUAAUUGGCUAUGCUCUCUUGUAUGAGACCUUCAUGUGGUUAAUUGGUUUUCAUUUUAGCAUGAUAUUGAUCCAGCCGUGAUUUGUAAACCUCAGUUUAUUAUAACCAAUGUUAUGUAUAAGCACAAUGUCUUAAUAAAUCAGGGUUAAACACAUCAUGGAUUAGUAAUGUGUAAGCCCAGCCAAUACCUGGUUAACAUCAACUGCUCAUUAACCAGAUUUUAAAUUAUCAAAUACCUAGCCUGUGUU